AUGGCUGAAUUCUUGGGGCCUGGUACCAACAACUUCCGCAGGUUCACUCAAGAAUCCUUGGCAGCCAUCAAAAAGAGAAUUGCUGCCAAAAAGAAAUGUCCGAAAAGUACCACAGAGCAGAAACCUGAGGAGAAGGAUCGUCCUCAGCUUGACCUCAAAGCUUUCCAGAAGUUGCCAGCUCUCUAUGGAAAUCCUCCUCCAGAGCUCAUUGGGGAAGCACUGGAGGAUGUCGACCCGUACUACAAAGAUCAUAAGGUUUUCAUAGUGCUAAACAAGCAGAAAAUAAUCUACAGAUUUACUGCUACACGUGCCCUGUGGAUCUUCAGUCCUUUCCACCCAAUACGAAGAAGAGCAAUUAAAAUUUUAGUACUUACAUGGUUCACCUGGUUUAUCAUGUGCACCAUCAUAACUAAUUGUGUAUUCAUGGCUCGCUCUGAGUCACACAAGUCUUCAUCACCUUCAUGGAGCACAUAUGUUGAAUAUACUUUCACUGGCAUUUACACUUUUGAAUCAUUGAUAAAAAUAUUGGCAAGAGGAUUCUGUCUAAAUGAAUUCACUUUCCUCCGGGAUCCCUGGAACUGGUUGGAUUUCUCCGUUAUUGUCAUGGCGUAUGUGGGAAUAGUCAAUGUACGGUGGAAUGUGUCAGUCCUACGGACUUUCAGGGUUCUCAGGGCUUUAAAAACCAUUUCAAUAGUCCCAGGGCUUAAGAUCAUUGUAGGGGCCCUUAUCCAGUCUGUUAAGAAGCUUGCUGAUGUGAUGAUCCUGACCGUUUUCUGCCUGAGUGUUUUUGCCCUCAUAGGCCUCCAGCUUUUUAAGGGCAAUCUCAGGCAAAAGUGUAUCAGGAACACUUCAGAGCUUUUUAAUAAAACAUGGGACAGUUAUGAAGAGUUUAUGAAUGAUUCAGCUGACUUUGCUAGGAAAAAUGGUUCUUCGGAUAUUUUGCUGUGUGGUCCUGGUGGUGGGGACUGUCCUCCUGGCUAUAAAUGCUGUAAAAUUGGGCCAAAUCCUGAUUAUGGUUUCACCAGUUUUGAUACAUUUGGCUGGGCUUUUCUCUCCUUAUUCCGCCUGAUGACCCAGGACUACUGGGAGCGUCUGUACCAACAGACCCUCAGAGCUUCUGGGAAGGUGUAUGUAGUCUUCUUCAUGAUGGUCAUCUUUCUGGGCUCAUUUUAUCUAGUCAACUUGAUUCUGGCUGUAGUAACAAUGGCAUAUGAGGACCAGAACAAGGCCACCAUCGCUGAAACUGAGGCAAAGGAAAGGAAAUUUCGGGAAGCUAUGGAAUUACUGCAGAAGGAGCAAGAGUCACUGGGUAUUAAAGGGAUUGAUAUCCUGUCACUUAGCUCCUUUGAAGCCUCUUCUCUGUCGUCCAAAGAAAUCAAGGAAAGGAGCAAUAGGCAAAAGAGAAAUAAGACACUAGGGAGAGAAGAAAAUGAAGAAGAAGAAGAACUUCCCAAGUCACAGCUCCCAGACAGUCAACGAAAGUUGCCAGCUGUGCGUGAUGAGAGCAGCAUGAUGCAUUUACCUCCUCAUCUGUCAGUGGAGUACUUUAAUGAGGCUCUUCAGAGACAAAGGGCAGCAAGUGUAGUCAGCAUAAUUACCAGUGUCUUGGAGGAACGUGAAGAAGCUCAGCAGAAAUGCCCACCACGCCUGAAGAACUUUGCUUUAAAGUAUCUAAUUUGGGAUUGUUGCCCAUUUUGGUUGAGAAUCAAGGAAAAAGUGGCUGCUUUCAUAAAGGAUCCUUUCUUUGAUCUCACCAUCACGGUUUGCAUUGUGAUGAACACUUUGUUCAUGGCACUGGAGCACAAUAAUAUGUCACUUACUUUUAAAUACAUGCUUAAAAUAGGAAACUUGGUUUUUACAGGAAUCUUCACUGCAGAAAUGAUCUUAAAAAUCAUCGCUCUAGAUCCCUAUUACUAUUUUCAGCAGCCCUGGAAUAUUUUUGACAGUGUCAUUGUCACACUGAGUUUAAUUGAAUUGAGUUUCCCCAAACACAAAAGCAAGAAAGAAAGGAGAAAAGGAGGAACCCUGUCAGUUUUACGAUCCUUCAGACUGCUGAGGGUCUUCAAACUGGCAAAGUCCUGGCCAACUUUAAACACUCUAAUUAAAAUAAUUUGUAACUCCCUGGGAGCACUGAGUAAUCUGACCCUCGUCCUGGGAAUCAUCAUUUUCAUUUUUGCUGUAGUAGGGGUGCAACUUUUUGGGAAAAGUUAUGCGAAAAACUGCAAUAAAAUAAGCAAAGACGGCAGGCCACGCUGGCACAUGAUGGACUUUUUCCAUUCAUUCCUCGUCGUUUUCCGAAUUCUGUGUGGAGAAUGGAUUGAGACCAUGUGGGACUGCAUGGUGGUUGCUGAACCAUCAGUAUGUCUUGUUCUCUUUCUGCUGGUCAUGGUGAUAGGAAAUUUAGUGGUUCUCAACCUUUUCAUUGCACUGCUGCUGAGUUCUUUCAGUGCUGACAGUCUCCAGACAACAGAGGAUGAUGGAGAGAUGAACAAUCUUCGGAUCGCCUUCGCUCGCAUCCGCAAGGCAUUCCACCUUGUCAAGAGCGCGACGUGGGAUGCCUGCUGCAGGAAGCUCAGGCACAUAAAGAAAGUGCACAAGAAGAAAAUCAAAUUGACUGCACAGAACUCACUGGGGUUCAAGAGGGAAGAGCCAAAGAGUUGUAAGGAGAAUUACAAUAAUGAAUGGAUUGAGAAAAACAGGGACAAAUGCCCAGGUCUUGAAGAUUUUGUUAGGAACCCCAACGUAUUUGUUUGUGUCCCUAUUGCUGAGGCAGAGAAUACAAGUGAGGGUUUUGAAGAUGAUGAUAAACUGAGCACAUUUACUGACACAGAAUGCAGCAAGCAGUUGGACGGUGUCAGCUCUUCUGAAGUCAGCACAGUGGAUCUGACAAAUCCUGAAGAUCUUUUAAAACAGAUUCCAGAAUUUUAUGAAGACUUCAAGACUCCAGAACAAUGUUUUCCAGAAGGUUGUGCUCGGUACUUCCGUUGUUGCCUGGAUAGGGCUGCAAAGUUUGGAGGAGAAACCUGGUUGAAUCUGAGAAAAACCUGCUACCAGAUUGUGGAACAUUCUUGGUUUGAGUCCUUUAUCGUGUUCAUGAUUCUUCUGAGCAGUGGAGCCCUGGCAUUUGAAGACAUCCAUAUAAAUAAGAGAAAAAGAAUUAAAGAUAUACUGGAAUUUCUUGACAAACUGUUCACUUUCAUCUUCAUUCUGGAGAUGCUCCUGAAGUGGGUGGCUUAUGGCUUCAAGAAAUAUUUCACCAAUGCCUGGUGCUGGCUGGAUUUCCUUAUUGUAGAUAUCUCUUUGAUAAACCUCUUUGCCGGUAACUUUGGGCCCAUGAAAUCUCUCCGGACUCUGCGAGCUCUGAGACCCCUGAGAGCACUGUCUCGGUUUGAGGGAAUGAGGGUUGUGGUCAAUGCCCUCCUGGGAGCCAUCCCUUCCAUCAUGAAUGUUCUGCUUGUCUGCCUCAUCUUCUGGCUCAUCUUCAGCAUCAUGGGAGUGAACCUCUUUGCUGGGAAGUUUGGGAAAUGUAUCAAUAUGACAGAUGAAAAUUUGAAAUUUGUGGUCAACAUCACAAACAAAACAGACUGUUUGAUGUAUAACGGCACUGGGGAAAUAUUCUGGGUCAAUGUUAAAGUCAAUUUUGAUAAUGUUGGCUCUGGCUACCUGGCUCUUCUUCAGGUGGCAACAUUUAAGGGUUGGAUGGACAUCAUGUAUGCAGCAGUAGAUUCACGAGAGAAAAAUGAUCAGCCAGAAAUGGAGUACAAUCUCUACAUGUAUCUCUACUUUGUGAACUUCAUAAUCUUUGGAUCUUUUUUCACCCUGAACCUCUUUGUUGGUGUAAUCAUUGACAACUUCAACCAGCAAAAGAAAAAGAUAAGUGGGGAAGAUAUCUUCAUGACAGAAGAACAGAAAAAAUACUACAAUGCAAUGAAAAAGUUGGGAUCCAAGAAGCCUCAAAAACCCAUUCCAAGACCCUUGAACAGAUACCAAGGCUUCCUUUUCAACAUUGUAACAUGCCAGAUGUUUGACGUUGUCAUCAUGGGUCUCAUCUGCCUCAAUAUGGUCACAAUGAUGGUGGAAACGUAUGAGCAAAGUGAAACAAAGACAAAUGUCCUCAGCAAAAUCAAUAUACUCUUUGUUACCAUCUUCACUGCAGAAUGUGUGCUGAAAUUGCUGGCUCUGAGGCAGUACUAUUUCUCAAAUGCCUGGAACAUAUUUGAUUUAGUUGUUGUUAUUAUGUCACUUGUUGCCUUACUGCUUUCCAACAUUGGCAAAGCGUUUGAACAUUUCUUACCACCCACACUCUUCAGAGUCAUUCGUUUGGCCCGGAUUGGCCGGAUCCUGCGACUCAUCCGGGGAGCCAAAGGAAUUCGAACUCUGCUGUUUGCCUUAAUGAUGUCCCUUCCUGCUCUGUUCAACAUUGGCCUCUUGCUGUUCCUGGUCAUGUUCAUUUAUGCCAUUUUUGGCAUGGCUAACUUUGGCUAUGUGAAGAUGGAAGGUGGCAUUGAUGACAUGUUCAACUUCCAAACCUUUGCUAACAGCAUGCUCUGUCUCUUCCAAAUCACCACGUCAGCUGGCUGGGAUGGUCUUCUCAGCCCCAUUUUAAACACUGGGCCACCGUAUUGUGAUCCAGCCAUAAAGGAAGAAGUGGGUGAAUGUGGUAAACCUGCCAUAGGUAUUAUUUAUUUUGUAAGUUACAUCAUUAUAUCAUUUCUCAUUGUUGUAAACAUGUACAUAGCCGUUAUUAUGGAGAACUUCAAUGCUGCCACUGAGGAAAGUGCAGAGCCUUUAGGGGAAGAUGACUUUGAUAUCUUUUAUGAAAUCUGGGAGAAGUUUGAUCCUGAGGUAACUCAGUUCAUAACUUUCUCUGCACUUUCAGACUUUGCAGAUGCUCUGCCCAAGCCCUUGCGUGUACCAAAACCAAACAAAGUUGAACUCACAGCAAUGGACCUGCCUGUGGUCAGUGGGGACAAGAUACACUGCUUGGAUAUCUUGUUUGCUUUCACCAAGAGGGUGUUGGGAGAUUCUGGAGAGCUGGAUACUCUGAAAGUACAUAUGGAGGAGAAAUUCAUGGCUGCCAAUCCAUCAAAACAAUCCUAUGAGCCAAUAUGCACUACGCUCAGCCACAGGCAAGAGGAAGCGUCGGCCACGGUGAUCCAGCGUGCCUACAGGAGCCACCUGCUCCAGCGCUCCCUCAAACAGGCUUCCUACCUGUACCAGCACAGAACUGGCAGCUCUGACACUCUGGGAGAUGAUGCUCCAGAAAAAGAAGGACUCAUUGCCUCUAUGCUGCGUGCAAAUUAUGGUAGGGGUCCUAACAGGUCUGAAACAUCGUCCUCAGUGUCCAUCCCUCCGUCGUAUGACAGUGUCACAAGAGAGAGUAGUGGCAAUCUCGUGGUGGAGAAUGGAGAAAUAAUGGGCAAUCAACAAUCUCCAGACUUUAAGUAG